ACCGGACGUAAGAAGGCACUCACUGUCUUAUGAGCUCGGGCUGAAACACCGCCUCUAACUUUCCUUCCAAUCAAACGAACGUCAGUGGUCAUCAACACAUAAAAUCUUUUAUGUAAUUAAAUCAGUUUCCUUUUAGUUUCCCGAGACACUGGAAAAGCGAAAAAAAAAGCGACUGAAGUUUUGGUCCACGGAAAAAUAUUAAGAAUCAGCAGAGGGAGCAUCGACAUCAGGCAAUAAUUACGUUCGGCUGAAAAUUAACGAGGAUUUUAUCAGAAUCGUCAAAGAAGUACUACGUAUAAGCAACAUAUAACUCAUCGUCAGCCACUCAAGCAAAAGCAAACAAUACAUAAUGAAUCUGAGAGCAUCAUAAAGAAGGACUGUAUACUGAUAAUGAAGGAAAAUGAAGACAAGAACGAUGACAGUAUAGUUAUCUGCAAAACUCAACUAUAAACACAUAAGGACCAUAAGAAUGGGAGACCGAGACGAACGAGGGCGUUUGAAACUGCCUGAUGCAAGUUAUGUACCGUUUCAGAGAGUUCUGUCAAGAUCAAAUCGUGGGAGUAUAAACAAUUCUCGGCGUGAGUCACCAGAACAUACCCCACGAAAGAACAAGUCUAAUCGGCAGUGGGCAUCAAGUGAAAGCAAACGAAGCACUCGAAGUCAUUCUUACAAUAUUAGUGAAUACAGGAAUUCUCAUGAUGAUAAUCAUCAUGGAUAUUAUUAUGAUGGAGAUCACGAAAAUAGUAAUGAGGACAAACACCGCCGACGCAGAUCUAAGCAUCGUGAUCACUCCAGCGAGGUGACUAAACAGCUUAAUGAUCUCUCGAUAAGAAAUGGAGGACGACCUAGGAGCAAAAGCCUGACAAAUGGUUCGGAGAAACACAAGAUGCCUUUCAUUCCAUUCCAAAGGGUUCUCAACAUAAGAACACGCCAACCUACAAUUGAACCAGAAAGGACUUUCAGAGUUCCUGCUUACACGGGUCUAAAGGACAGAAGAGACUUUCACUACAAGCGUGAUAAACUCCGACCAAAUGGUUACACAACGGAGUACAGAUCUCGAUUUAUACAACAACAUGGGAAAUCACAUGGCAAAAAAAAACCAUCAAGAGGGAAAAAUGAUUCACUCUUAAAUGAACUCUUGACUGAGAAAGAUAACUAUGAUCAGAGUGACGAUGAAUAUGAAUACAAAAAUGGGGAUGACCAAGAAAGAUCAAAUCACAGCAGACUCUCCAAGGGUUCAAAACAUUCAGGAGGUUCCUAUGGCUCUGAUGAUGGAAAUGCAUCUGGUUAUGAAGACAGAACAGAUUCAUCAUCAUCAGUUAAAUUUCCUCAGAUACGACCAUCCCCAACUGUAAGUGCUGAAAUUGCCAAGACCAUCAAAGGAAAAGGUGCUGCAGUACCACCAAGGAAAUUAACUAUGAGCCCCCAAAGCCUCAGCUCUGAUUCUCAGGUCCCUCUAAUGGUGCAGGAAACAGUUCAGGCAAUUGAUACAUCACGAUGGGUAGAAGGCAAAGGGGCUGGGAGAUUAAGUCAUUAUUUCAAGCCAAAGGCACCUCAAAGCAAGAAUGAUAAGCUCAGCUUCACCCAAGAGACAGUUAAAAUUAUUGAAGACACAGACAAAAAUAUGAAAAAGAAAGCUGAACUAAAUAAAGCCCCUGACAAACUACCUAAGGUUCACAGCAAAAAAACAUCCUCUCAAAAAGAACAAAACAAAUUACAAAAAAUAGCUCAAAAUUCAAAUCAAAUCAGAAGCAAACACAUCACAAAGUUCUUGCCAAGAUCAAAAAGCGACUCUGCUCUUUUUCAUGCCAAAAGAAAUGAAAAUAAUACUCAAGGACACAUCCAAAAAAUGAAAUCAAACCAGAUCAUCAUAUUCAAGGAAAAUGAAGCAACACAAUCCAUUCAGAAAGGAGAAAGACCAAGAUCUUCUCUACCAAAAAUAAUCUUAACAAUGGCUGAGGAACAAAAUUCUCCAAACCAAAAGAAAUUUCUUGAUAAAUCUAUCACUAAAAAUAUACAAAAAGGCACAUACAUAAGAACAGCUAUUCCAAACCUCCCUAAUAUUUCAACGACAGAAAAGGAUAAAGAAAAUUACACGUCUUCCAGAAAAAAAGAAAACAUUCAGCCUAAAUCACCGCAAUUACAACAUACACUAAACAGGCAGCCUAAAAAUUCCAUAAAGAAAAAAAGACUUGAUUUGAAGAAGCCAUCAGGAACAAUGAAGAAGCCAUCAGGAACAAAGAAAAAAUCAUUGAUUGCUACACAAUACAAACCUUACAAAAGCACACAAAUUCGUAAGACAAACGAAGUAAAAAUCAAUAAGCUUACACUGAAUGGAGAAGAACUGCUACAAUCAUAUCCCAUCCAGAGGCAAAAUCUCCUCCAGGUAACUAAUCAUCACCUAGAUUCUGCAUCACUAAAACGCAAGGUUUACCGGGAGAUGAGUGCCACAAACAGAUUUAGCAUAAAUAACAAUAAUAUACCACAAGUACAUCAGUACACCUUCAAUGAAAAAUUUUCAAACAGACCAGAUCAAGGAAAUUUUAUUGAGCUGAAAGGCAGCUACAAUCAAGAUAAUAUACAGAAAUAUAUAGGAAAUAUAAAGCAGCAAAGGUCCAAGAGAUUAGCAAGGUUUUCUCAUUUCUUAAAGCCGAAAGAAAAGACAGGUGAAGUAAUACUCUAAGAACAGAAACUACAACUUCAUCUAUGAGGAAAUUUCAUUAAAGGUGUUGGCACUUACAGGUUCCUCAUGAUAUUUAUUACUGUAGAUGCUGAAUUACUUUAAAUGACUAAAAUCUAUAAUUCAAAGGCACUAUUUUGGGAGAAGAUCUAGGUAGAGAAUAUCAUACAAAUUUGGAAUAUAUAUUUCUGCCACGAAAAACUUACAGAUACAGUGAAUGCUAACAUAACAAGUUAACACAUUACAAAAUGAAGAUAUCCUAAGAAAUAAAAGAUAAGAAAUUACUAUCUCUUUAAAAUAGCCAAUAAUGACUUGAGACAUUUAAUAUCUAACAAUAUACAGCCACUCUAAAAAAAAAAAAUUCUUAAGACACUGUGCAGGUACAAAUCCACCCAUAAUUCAGGCGCAAAGAAAUCUAUUGCAUACCCUACAAUGAUUUCAUUCUAAAAAGAAAUGCCACAAAAAUUUUAAAAUUAUUCUGUACAUAAGAAUAAGUGGCAAGCAAAUUCAGCAUUGUUAAAACUCCAGAAUGAUAAUAAGCACAGGCCUGAAACACAACUGUUCAUUUACUAAUUAAGAAAUUAAAUAAUUCUCUGACAAAUAUUGUAUCUAUUAACUUUGCUGCUCCAAGUAUUAUCAGCAAACCAUUGAUCCAUGUACUGUAAAUUAGAAAAACCAUAACUUACAGAAACGAGAAAAAAAAUCACAUGCAAAUAUCCUAAAGGACAUAAAGUUUGGAAUGUCAUGAUGAAUGCAUAUGCAAUCUUAAUGUUAGGAAUUAAAAGUGGAAUUUUAAGGUAUGUGGAACAUAAAUAUGAAAAUUGUACCCAAGCAGUUUUCAAAACAAAAUCUCCUGUAUAUAGAUUAUCAAUGUAAUUUCUUCCAGGAUAUAUCACUUUGCACAAAAUAAAACAAUGGUAUAUUUAAAUAGACAAUUUUUCUUCUCUUUUUGUACCUCCAACGAGCAGCAUAAAAGAAUUACUGUACCCUGCUAGAAUAUAAGUUUUCCCAGAGUAAAUUAUACACUGCCAUAACAGCAGAAACCAUAAUAUGCAACUAUUAUCUGUAACAAAAAUAUUUUGUUGGGAAGUACUAGUAAUUAUACAGUGCACCAUAUACAGUAGGUAUACUUUCAUUUGUAGCUUAAUCAAAUGACAGCUACAAAAGGAGAAGUGUCUUAGUCUGUAUGCACUAGUGGAAAAAAAGGAAAAAAUACAAUAACUAAGGAGUAAGUAAACUGAAUUUAGAAUAUCCCGACCAACACUGCGUAACCAGUGCAAUGAUGAUUGAACUACUAAUAAAUGUGAAUACAGUAGAUCCCCGUAUUCGAUGGGGAUGGGUUGACUUUACUACAUAAUCAACAAAAAUAAAAUGAUAGAAAGAUAUUUAUGUAUACUUUAUAAUGAACAUUUUAAAAUGGAAGAAAAAACUGUUCAAGGAAGAAAAGAAAAUAUAUCUAUGGAUUUAUUCUUACAAAAAUUUAUCACUGCAGUAUAACUCUUCUUUGUUGAAUGUUACACUAAUACUACAGUUAAGCAUGUUUAACUCAACAGAUACCUUA